AUGCUCGUCGGCCUCCCCGGUGGCGCAAUCAGCUUCGUGACAAUCUGGGCCAGCGCCCUCAUCCCGCGAUUCUUCCCAGGCACGCGAGUCUACACCUCCAUCGGUCUCUCGCUCGUCCCGCUCCUCGGAUCCGCCAUGCUCCUCGCGCUGCCACUGCACGGCGCAGAGUGGGGCAUUGUGGCAAGCACCUGGCUCGCUGCUUGCUGCAGUUCUCUCCUAAGCUCCACGGCGUCCAUGAUGGCGUCCAAUGUCAAGGGGAAUACCAAGAAGAGUGUGGUUAGCGCUGGGUUCUUUAUCGUGUACUGCGUUGGGUGUAUUGUCUCCCCGCAGGCCUGGACGGAGGGGGAUGCGCCGCGGUAUACCAAGGGGUGUAUACUGAGUAUUGCGAGCUGGGUGGGGUUGAUUAUCACGUAUGCUGUGUAUGGGGUUGUUUUGAAGAGGGAGAAUGCGACGAGAGACCGGCUUGCCGCGGAGGGAAGAUAUGAGUAUGAUGUUGGUGGCCAUGAUGGAGGCGCGGAGGCGGUGCAGAUGGGUGUUGCGGUUGAUUCUGACUUGACGGAUGUGCAGGACAAGGCGUUCCGUUAUAACUUGUAA